AUGGCUUUGAAGAGAAUCAACAAAGAACUCACAGAUCUUGGCCGUGAUCCUCCCUCCUCAUGCUCAGCCGGCCCUAUGGGAGAUGACCUGUUCCACUGGCAAGCAACAAUCAUGGGUCCUAGUGACAGCCCAUUCCAAGGCGGUGUCUUCUUCCUGGCCAUCCAUUUCCCUACAGACUACCCCUUCAAACCACCGAAGGUCAAUUUCACCACUCGAAUCUACCACCCCAACAUCAACUCCAACGGCAGCAUCUGCCUGGACAUUCUUCGAGACCAGUGGAGCCCGGCUCUGACAAUAUCUAAAGUCCUCCUCUCCAUCUGCUCUAUGCUUACCGACCCCAACCCCGAUGAUCCACUUGUUCCGGAGAUCGCUCAUGUGUACAAGACGGACCGUGCUCGAUACGAGGCAACCGCCAGAGAAUGGACGAGAAAGUUCGCAAUCUAG